AUGGAUUUUAACGUCAAGAAACUGGCUUCAGAUGCGGGGGUCUUCUUCACCCGAGCAGUUCAGGUAAAUUUACACGCAAAAUCAUCUGCAGCCGCGCACAGAGCAGCCUGUAUACCUCUGUAUGAAUGCAUUACUGUCAGCCUGCAGGGAUAAACCUCCUUCCGGGCCUGAUGUUUGAUUUAAACUACACCCACACUGCAGUUUGUAGGGGUAUCUUGCUUUUUUAGGGUCGUAAUCAGGCGCAGUUUUGUGAAGCGUUUCGCCGAGGACAGACAGCGCUGUAAGCCGAUAAAGGUUUGUCCAGCCUCGAUCUAUUAUUGAUGGCUGUGCUCGAGUGAAUCACCCAUGUGACAGCACCAACACCAAGACAGGCUCCUUAUUGUAUUGAAUAGUUAAAAUUAUUCAUGGCUCGCAUACAGAUUUAAAAUGAGUCAAUACUGGGCAGUCUAAAAAAUGCAAUUGAAGGAUUUAUUUAAUAUGAAGAGCUGUGAGUAGAAAGAAGGAGCAGCCCUACUGUCAGUCACGAUCAACAGGAUUAAUGUAGAAAUUUCCAAAUGAUGUCCUAUCAUGGAUCAUUUUCUCCUUAUUGAAAUGGUUUAUCAAUCAUUCAUCAAACCCCCUUCAAAUAAGUGAUAAUUUAAGAAUAUAAGGGUUGUAGGUGUUGUAUGGUGAGCUGUAUACAACAGGUAGAAUCAAACGGACCAAGAAAUAAUUGAUAUAUUUGGCAUCCAUUUUAAAAUCAACCAAGCAGUAUUAGGAUGAUAACACUUAUUCCAUUUUUAAUUUGCCAAACCCCCUUUAAACAGUGGGUGUAACAAAUAUAUCAUGAGAUGUAAGUAAAUAAAGGAACCACAUCUACUUUUAAUUUAAUUUAAUAAGGAUUAUAAAUUCACCAAAAUUACACAAAAAUGUGUACAUUUUGUGAUUCCUCUUGUCCUAUAGACUGUGAGUAAACCACCCUUUCCUAAAAAGUGACAAGAGACAUUUUUUGCAUUUCAUUAGAUAGUUAAAUUACCGUUUGUUUGUUUUUUACACUCUUUUUGCAUUUGAGUUUUUUUUACAUUUCAUUGACAAAUAUUUUGAGCUAUGUAGAAGUUUUUGUUUUCUCAAUUUUUUAUUUUUUGCUUUUCAUGAAUAUUUUGUGUUAUAUCAAUUAGUUUUGCAAAUUCUUUUUUAUUUUAUAAAUUAAUUUGUAUAUUUUGUGCCUUAUCGUCUGUUUCAUUAAAUAAAUUCACCCUUUCAUAGAAUAUUUUAUACAUUUCAUUUAAUAUUUCUGCAUUUUUGGAGCUGCUAUAAAUUUUAUGAAAUGUUAUUGCAUUUAAAAAAAUUUUGGUUUUCAUAAAUUAUUUUGUGUUUCAUGAAAUUUUGUUUUGUGUUUCUUUUAACAUUUUAGUCUUUUUAAAUCUUUUUUUCUACUUCAUUAUUCUUCGUUUUGUAAAAGGGUUUUGUUUUCUGUAAAAAGGUAUUGGUGAUCAGUGAUAUGUUCUACAUGUUUAUGAAAAAAUGGUGCAGUUGACCCUCAGGGUUACUGUACCAGAAUAGGAAAAGAGUUUGUAUCACUCCUUCACCAAACCCCCUUUGAAAAAGUGUCAAAUUGAUAAGCAACAUGAGCUGUAGAAACGUUCACUAAUAAAACAGUAGGAUAGUUUUGGAGAUUCUGCAUUAAUUUAAUACUCAAGAAAACAUUUAUUUCAGUGACUUCUCAGUUUUUAUCACUGGCAGUGCUGUAGUUUGUAGAGCUGUAUGUUUUACCUGAUUUAGUCCAAGCUUUUAUAUGUAUAAUGAUGAAAAUAACCCCAUAUAUUCAGUGAUGAGAUACACCAUCUUUCAUAACUGCUUUAUUGUUGGUGCAUCAUUUGUUCAACAUCUGUUUAAAUGGAUCCAUUAAAGCAAGCAAAUCAGAGAGCUUUCCUCAGUCUUGUCCAAAGGCAUUGUGGGAAACAGGAAACUGCUGGCUGCAGAGGAAGUAAGCGAGACAAAAACAUGUGCCAGCUUUGCACUAAAUGACAUCUGGAUUAAACUCUUUCAAAACACAAGCAGCUAAUGACGUGUGAUAUACAUGCAGACCCUUUUCUCUGUUUAUGAGAGCAUAAUGAUCCAUAGCGGGAUGAGUCUGACUUCAGGCUCUCUGCUGAUGUCUUCCUGUCUCUUUGUUUAUGAAUCCUGCUAAAUCCUUCUUAAGAAAAUACUUCACCGCAGCUGAAAGUGCUUUCUUUUUCAGAAUCUGGAGUGGUUUCAUUUCUCUAUUUGCAGCUGUGAGGAAGAAGUUAUGUGUGCGUCAGUUAUGAGACGCUAUUUUAGCACUUGUUCAGUUUCCUUGAUAUCAGGUGUCAAUUUCAGACCAGCUCAGUCUCUAAUGCUGCAAUAGUCAAAGUAGUUAGCUGUCACAGUGGCAUAAAUAUGAUAUAUGGUUUAUUAUCCACUGCCUCCGAGCAGUGUAACAUCAUAAUGGAGCUGUGUGUUCAGAUUGUCUGAAAACAUAUUAUUGAUGUGAGCUGCACAGACUCAUUUUUGCAGGUUAAAAUAUUGCACAUGCACGCAUAUGUGCAAUGUGCCCAGACCUGUUCAGCAGUGUGUAGGCUAUUUGUAGUCUGUUCUGCUGUGCCUUGCUGAAUAGUUGCAAAAGUAGAGUAUUUUUUUUACAUCAUAAAAAUGCUGACAAGUUUGAAGCGUGAAUGUACCAGAUGUCGGGCCCUGUGUGUGUAUAUGUUCUUAAUAAUGGAGUGUAUGGGGUGCUGAUGGCCCUGUCAAAGCGUCCGACUACUAAAGGCUGUAGUCCUCGUCGUAUAGGUUGCUGGUUUGAUUUCUAGUCACGACCCUUUGCUGCGUCUUCUCUCAGCUUCCUACUCUUCUCCUCUCGCCUCAGCUGUCUUGUGAAGGAAGCAAAUGCAGUGAGUUCAUUUAGGAAAGUUCAGUUCCCUGCAGCCUUUUGGACCUGCUUCAUCGCAUGAGGCUUGUUAGCUCUUGUCUGUACAAUGAAGUGUGGUAGCUGCACACUGCACGUUUAACACAUAUCGUACUAUGUCAGUAGAGAAAGACCGAUUAAUCUCUGGCUGAGACUGUGACAUUGUAAAUAAAAUGUUCUCUUAAAAGCUUGUACUUGGAUCGGACCUUUGAAGGAGGAGUCUAAGUCUAUGAGCUAUGUGUGGGGGGCAUGCAUGAAUGUCAUUCAGUUAGACUGAAGAGGUUGUUCACUAUCAAGGCUCAAAAAUGUUUAUUAGUUUUUAUUAGCGGGGCAUUCCUACACACCACCAACACCAACUGGAGCAACAGGUAAUAAAGAGACAAAGAGUUGAGAAUAGUAUAAUGUACAUUUCUUAAAAUAUGAGUGUUUACAGCAAUGAAAAAGAGUGACGGUGGCUUUCCUUUGCUGGACUAAAGGUGGUCAAAGAUCAUCGAAUGAAGACAAACCUGUCAUCCUGCAGUGAGCCUGAUGGUUCCUUUGGGUUUGACACUGAAGCCGAUUGAUCCAGCUUAAGAUUGACUCUGUCCAUCUCUUACAUCUCCUGAUUUCGUCUACUUUUUUGAAAAUCUGAGGUUUCUUAAAAGUCAUUUGAUGGUUUUCCUGCUGCUGUUCAACAGUAAUGAUUCAUUUUAUGACUCAUCAGCGCGUGAUUUAAGUCCAGUUGGCAUAUUCCUGUCAGUCAGCCAUGAAACUGUCAGACAGAUGGAAGAAGUCAGACAGCCAGCUUGAUACCACAGAUGGUUGGGUUAAAUUAAUAAUUAAUAGUACUAAUCAUAAUCAUUUUUAUUAUUAUUAUUAUUGGCUGCAGUUCCAUAACACAGAGUUUAUAGAAGCAGUGGGUGUUUGUGUGAUACUUUGUUCAGUUUUAAGAUUGUUGUGUAGAUGAUGAAAUAUUUGUUAAGUUGAAAUAUAAGCUGUUUUAUACGCCUGACUUUGACCUUCUGUUAAAUGUUAAAUCAAAAAAGCGUUGUUUCAUAGUAAAGAGACCGUGUUUGUUGGUGUUGCUGGUUAUGGUUUAUAGUCAUGACAGUAAGGAUGCUCGUAUUUAAAGGAUGAAUUUAGGGGCAUUUGGUAAAUGUCUGCUGAAGUUUAAACAGUCUUUUGGGGGGGGAAUUGCCAGUAAUGCACAGUGUUUCAUGUGAUAUUUCAGGCUGAUAUAUAACAAACACUAUAUACUCUCAGGCCUAUCAAAUUCAUCCAGCCUAACAACACUGCAGGGGGGUGGGGUAUAAAUGAGCUUUAGGCUGUACAUAAAUCAAACAGGACUCUGCUGUUGAGAAACAGAGUCAUGUGGCAGCGCAAAAAAUAAAAUAUUGUCCCAUUCUUGUCUAAUAAAGGAUUUCAGCUGCUCAAGAGUUCAGGGUAUCCCUUUUCCUAUUUAUUAUUUUUUGUGUGGAGGGCAUUAAUGGAGCCUUCCCAAGUUUGUAAGCCCAUGCCAUGGACACUUAUGAUCCCUGUGUCUUCACCAAUGCUGGCUUGCAAAUGAGAAUUGAGAACAAGCUGGAUGGUCAUUUUCCUUUUAAUUUCCAAAGAAUCUCAAAUUUUAAUCAGACCACAGACAGUUUCUCCAGAUUCUCUGAAUCUUUUAAUGAUAUUUUGUUCUGUAGAUGUGAAAUCCACUCAUUCUUUCACAUUUGACACUCAGAAACAUUAUUCUGAAACUGUUGAACUAUUAGCUCACACAGUCUCUCACAGAGUGGUGAACCUUUUCUCAUCGUUCCUUCUGAGAGACUUAGCCUCUCUGAAUUUCCUUUUUAUACCCAGUCAUGUCACUAACCUUUUGCAAUAUCUUUCUGUCCCAGUUCACAGAGGAGAAACUGGGUCAGGCUGAGAAAACAGAGCUCGAUGCUCACCUGGAGAACCUGAUCAGUCGAGGGGACAGCACCAAGAAUUGGACCGAGAAGAUCCUGAGGCAAACAGAAGUGCUGCUGCAGCCAAACCCGAGUAAGACCAAAAAAAAACAACAAAAAAUGUAAAAAGUACAUUGAUUUAAACUCUUCGCAACCAGGCAUCAGUGAAUGGAGUCCUAGAAGACACAAAUUACAGUUACAGUUCUGAAAUAACAGUUCUGUCUAAUAAGUCAAAAAUCUAUCUGGAAAGAUUUUUUAAAAAAAAGAAAAAAAAGCAAGAUUGAAAAUACCAAUAAAGGUCAAUAAAAUUUUAUGAUUUUUAUAAAACAAAAACAAUCUUUACCAGAAUACAAAAGAUGAGAUUUGUCACCUCUGGGACUUCAUAGAAUUAUAAAAAUAUUUUCCAAACAAUUUGGAGGCAUAAACGUGUGAUUUUCUAAAUAUGUUGUGGAAAUAUCUUCAUGUCUUGUUUCAAUUUUUUAUUUUUUCACAGCCGACCUAACUAGCUUUUUUAACUUAAUAUGUUGCAUUAAGAUUUAUCUUUUCCAACUUUAGAGUUAUUUUUGUCACCAAAAUGUAUUUAUUUAACAUUUAUAGAUUCCCAUGUAGUACUCCCUUAAAAAAUUUUCAUACAUGAUAUAGUGGUAGUUUAAGUUUUGGUAGCGCUGUCUAACUGUUGCUUUGUGUAUUUUUUAACCCUUCAUGCUCCAGUUGACCACACAGGUGAGUCAUUUCCCAGAGUGCCUUGUAAGAAAACACUGUGUGAACUCAGUGAAUCUGACCCUCCUCAGGAACAGUGACAGAUAAUUCACAGUGAAGCACAUUCAGACAAACAGAGGGAUAGACAUGCUGCUGCAGUGUGAACAGACUGACUGUGUGGACACAAACAAGUGUUGAAUUACUAAUGAGUCUAUGCGGGAACACACUUGAAGCGCUUGUUUGGUUGGCUGCAGCCAGUGUUACCUUAAACGGGUUGAGUGUCAAGCAUAGGCUGACAGUUUGAAAAGUGUUGAAAUCUCUAAAAAUUACCCGCAGCAUGAGAUAUUUGCAUUGAAAGGUAGGAAAAUUAUUAGUACUAUUAGUGCUUAUGUUAGUGGAUGAAAUAUCAAAUAUCCUCCGUAAUGUUAUUAUAUAAAACACAAAAAAAUAUGCCCCCAUUUCAGUGUAUGAUGCACGAGGUGCCUUCUGGAUGGUCUUUCAGUGGUUGAAAGUAAACAGAGUGUCCUAUAAAUGUCUUACCAAACAAUGAUUUAGACAAAGUACCCCUCAAAGGCCCUUGUAGUGGAUGAAAAGUGAAAAGAAAAUGGCCCUAUGGAGCCCUUCAGUGGACAACAUGUAAUCAAAGUACCCUGUUCAUGUUGUACAAAACAAAAAAAUGUAAACAAAGUGCCCUCUGGAAGCCUUUAAGACAAAAACAGUAAAUUAAGUGCCCAGUCAUGUCCUACAAUAGAUAAGGUUUAAAGAAAGUACCCCUUUGGAAGCCUUUCAAUGUUACAUAAUUCAAAGUGCCAAGUAGAUGCCCUGCGAUGCUUUAUGUACAAAGCAACUCCCUCUAGAUGCUCUACCAGUGGUUAAAUAUAUAAAAAGAACCCUGUGAAUGGUCUACCAAUAAAAUGUUAUCCAAGUACCCUGUGGAAGCCCAUCUAAGGAAUAAACUGUGAACAAGGUGCCGUAUAAGCUCUUUAAGUGGAAACAAUCUAAAACAGGGGCCUUGAAAAAAAACACCCAGCUGACCUAAUGUAUACAAAAUACUCUUAAGCCAAUUCUAUAUCAUCUGUAAACAAAGUACACAAGGGGCCUUUUUUUGGAUAAAAUGUUUACAAAAUACACCCUAUAGCCCUUUAAGUUGAUAUAAUGUGGGGCUCCGAAAUACCUUUCAGUGGAUACAAGUAAAAGAAGUACUUUUCAAAAGUACUUUCAGGAGAUAUAAUGUAAACCAAGUACCCUGUCAAGGCCCCAGCAAUGAUAAAAGGCAAAUAGAGUACUCUCAGAGACCUUUUCAGCAGAUGAAGUGGAAGGAAAGUGCAUAAUAGAAGUCCUGCAGUGGUUUAACUGUAAACAAAGUUCCCUCUGGAAGCUGUCUCAGUUGAUUGAAUGCAAAGAAGUUUCCUUCUAGGUACUAUUACAGCUGAUAAAAUGUAGACCAAAUGCCCUUUGAAUUCUUUUCUAGUGAAUAAAAUGUCACCCCUUAUUUGUGGAUAAACAUAGUUAAGUACGGACCUUUGUUGAUCACAAGUAAUCAGUAUACUGAUCCUUUUCAAUUAUUUCCACCCCGACCCUCAAGAAGCCUGAGUACACCACCAGCUAAGAACAUAUCUCUGGAUUUUUGCUGAACUUUUCCACUCUCUAUCUGCACAUGAAUUAUGAAACUGUCAUGACUUGUAAGAGCUCUGUGGGUUGGUAGUUUCUCUUAUAAACUGGGAUUUGGACAAGCUGAGUGGGAGCAAAUGUUGUGUCCUGGGAGGGGGGUUGCAGCUUUCUGUUGUCAUGCUUAUCAAACCUCUGUCACAUUACACUUACAUUAUGAAUGAUUUUCAUCUUUAAACACAAAAAACUGAGAUGUGCAGCUUGAUAACCAUGUCCCCAACUGUCCUCCAGGUGCUCGAAUAGAAGAGUUCAUCUACGAUAAGCUGGAUAAGAAACUUCCCUCCAGGACGACCAAUGCAGAGCUGCUGGGACAGUACAUGCUGGAUGCUGCCACUGAAUUUGGUUCUGACACGCCGUACGGUCAGUGGAGAUAAAACUGAACCUGAUAGUUGGAACUGAUUACAGACUGAAACAUGGAGAGACUGAUUCAGUUAUUGCGUGAUCUAAACAGAGACAUCUUCAGUCACAGUUGUCGUCACGUGUGAGGUAAAAUGUGUGUUUAAAUACUGCAGGACGUACUCUGAUCACAGUGGGAGAGUAUCAGAAGAGACUGGGAGGAGCUGAGCGGGAGUUCCUCCACACGUCAGCCACAACUUUCCUCACCCCGCUCAGAAACUUCUUGGAGGGCGACUGGAGGACUAUUUCAGUGAGUCUAAUGGAGUCCACCUCUCGGUUGAAUAUCUGAUUGUGAAGUGCUGGUUUGUUUUGACUACAGGUCUGAUCAUCUUGGAUUUGUCCCAUCAUUUCUGACUGGUUCCUUUUGUCUUCUGCAGAAAGAGAGGCGACUGCUGGAAAAUCGACGUCUUGAUCUGGAUAUCUGCAAAGCUCGGCUGAAAAAAGCAAAGCAGGCAGAGGCCAAAGCGGCGGUGAGAUGAUUAUAUAAUAUCUCUGUUCUUUUUGUCCCAUCAUCCUUUUUCUUUCUUCUGUUCCCCUGUUUCAAAAUGACUCUGAGACUAGAGACCACAACACACAAAGGCUUGACUGUGCUGAAGGAUUAGAGACAUCUUCCCCUUUGCAACAACACAUCCCGUUUUAUUUAACACCAGCUGAGGAAGAGUAAAUGACUUUUUCGGCCACUUGGGGGCAGCAUUUACAAACAGAGUAAAUGUGUACUUUUAGUAAGAGAGUAACAGUUUCAAAGCAGAAAGCAAGCACCAAAGACUGCAUGGUCACACUGAUCAAUCUAAACCUGUAGAAGCCUUAAAAGCUUUCAAAUGAUUUGAUUUUAGCCUGCAGUGCCUGAUGCAUGUAUCCAAACCAGUCUCCUACGUUUCUUUCUGUUUUGUACCAACACUGAGAUGCCUUCUCUUUUAGGAUGUUUCCGAGUUAAAUAGCACUAAGGUCUAUCUGUCACAUGGGAUGUUAUCCAUCCAGCUCCACAUGUUUAAGGCUUUAAAAGCGAUAAUCAAAAUCUUAUGGUCCCUCUUCCUGUCUGCUCUUUUUGAAUGUGUUCAAAUGUUUCUGCUCUUUUGCUGCUUUUUUUACAUUUACUUUCCGCCGCUCUGCACCAGCCUAACACAUUAUUAUUAUUUUAUUUUUCUGUCUGAUGAUUGUGACUGCAUGUCUGUGAAAAUACUGUCUCCUCCUCCCUGCUUUUGUUUGUAGGCUGCACCUGAUUUUCAGGAGACACGGCCUCGAAAUUAUGUUCUGUCUGCCAGUGCAUCAGCGGUAAGAGGAACACAUGCAGCAAAUAUGCAGGGCUAACAUGCUAUCCGGGAAAGCAUUACAGGAGUAGUUUAAAUGGGCUAUUCGGAAAACCAGCUUUAUGUUCAAAUCUGACUAUAAACCACUUUUUUUUUCACAAGAUUAAAAGAUGAAUCUUAAAAGCCACCAAAAACAUAUAAAAAUGUAUAACAAGGUAAUAAAGGUGAUAGAGUUUGAGAGCCACAUGAAAGUUUUCUUAAUAAAGAUUUAGAGACACUUUCUAAAAGAUGAAAUCUCUCAUGAGGAGGAUAUCAUAUUAAAAUCCAAACAAGGCUAAAAUCUCAGCAGUUGCACCUAAAUUGUUAUAUCCCUCUUCUAACAGCUUUAUAUGGCAUAACAUAAAUUGAAUUAACCACUUCACCUUUGUAGCAUGAUGACUUCACUACAACUUAAUUCUUGUCUGGAGAUGCCUGAAAAAAAGUCUUGAAAACCUUUUAAACAAUCUUUAAUGUGGCUCUAAUACUUUGACACACAUUUUUCCUGUCCCUAUCAAAAUAAAAGCAGGAAUAUUUAGUCUAACCAGGUGGGAAAGUGUGCAUACACGUGCAUUAUCAGGGCUUGUCUGGCUGCAGUAAGAUCUGAAUUGCAUGAUGUCUGCAGCACAAAUAUAACACUGGUGACUUGAGCAUGAUUGUGCAUGCCUAUUUUUGUUGUUCGAAACACCCGCGUGCGCAUAUUUCCAGAAGAUGUAGGAGAAAAUAUUUUGAAAAAAUUCAGGAGAAGCUGGUAAAUUUACGACAAUAUUACACCUGUGCAGAGGAAUUGUAGAUUGGAAUAAACUGCAGUUAGCUUGAUUAACAACUCGAUACAUCGUGGUAAAUGUUACACUCAGUGAGCAUUAUAAGACCAGUGCUGCAUAAAAGGAAACCCGUGUGAGAGCUGACCUCAGAUCGUAAUAUGGUUUGUAUCACUUUCUUUUGCAGAGCCUGUAGUUUUAUCAUGUGGCUAGGUGACGAAGUAUUUCACCAUCUAAUGUUUCAAUAAUUUAAAUCAAGAUCCACAUGUAUAAGGUCAUAAAUGCUGGGAGUGGGAGCAAAUGCCCGAGUUUCUGUCUGCUGUAGUGGACACAUAUAUCAGAAACUAUAACUAUAUCAGAAGACUUUUGGUAUUAACAGCCCACCUCUGGGCCCAUGUGUUCAAAGUGAUAAUCAACGUCAGCCGAGUCAUGAAGAGACCUUUGGGGUUUAUCUCAGUGUUGACUCAGAGAAACUCUAAACAGAUGUUUGGGGUUUAAGGGAUGAUUUGAAGAAACUUUAGCUGUGACAGAUUAUGUGUUUGUAUUUUGAGUGGGACAGUGACUGUGUAUCCCACUUUCUAAUGCAGUAGAAAUGUUUGUGGUUUUUCCAGUGUUGACUCAGAGAAACUCUAAACAGAUGUCUGGGGUUUAAGGGAUGAUUUGAAGAAACUUCAGCUGUGACAGAUUCUGUAUUUUUACCUUGAGUGAGACAGUAACUGUCUAUCUCACUUUCUAAUGCAGUAGAAAUGUUCGAGGUUUUUUCAGUGUGUCUCUCUUUUUGUCGAAUGUUACUGAAAGCUGCAGAGCGGCUGGGAGAGUUGGGAUGUGGCGGCUGAACCCAAUAUGGCUGAACAGGCUAAGGUUGUACAAAUCUGACAGAAAUACUGAAAUAGAAGUAGAGACACAUCUCAAAUUGUGGUAGAAAUGUAGAACUUUUUUAGAUCGUCUCCUGUGAUGUAGUGUUUUUUGCAAACCUUUUUGGCUUAGUAAGACUUAGUUCUCUCGAUAUCCGCUUUUCAGGACGAGCUUAAUGUGAUAAAGUUUGCAUGCUCAAUUUUUAGUCUGCUGCAGAGGAAAGACUUGCAUGCAGAAGACAAAGAAGAAACAGAUGGGAGUCUAGAUUACAGAAAUUGUCUCUGAAAGAAGCGGAGCUGGACUAAAGUAAAGCUGGACUUAAGUGAAGCUCUGCACUGAGGAAAGGCAAAGAUGAACUGAGACAUCAGCAUUUUACGCUGCUCAGCUGACCUUUAUACAAUAAGACUUUCUGCAGCUUAGACUCCAGUCUGUCACUUUUUCGUCUCUGUGUUUGUUUCCUUUUUUUGCAGUGACUAACUCACCUUUGAUCCUAGAGGAGAAAGUAUAUGUAGGACGGCUUUUUAGAAGAUCCAUAGAGUUCAUUUUUUAAACAUUGUUAGCCCUAGAUGGAUGAAGCUGCUCAGGAUGGGGACAUCUCUGAUGGAUGGACGGAUGGACCGAUAGAUAUUCCAUUAUUUAUAUAUAUUUAUAUCUUCUUCAGUAGUCUUCAUGUCAUGUCCAGGUUUUAAAAUCCACUCAGCUUCAAGAUAUUCUGGUACAGUGUUUUAAGUAAAAAAGGGAAUGCAUUGCUCCCUGGUGCAGUAACCUCUGUCAAACACAGUGGGGCGCAAUAAUAUAGUCUAACACAAGUCCUCCAGGUAUGUAGAAAGUGGGGUAAAGGUCAUUCAGAGGUCAGGCAGUCUGCCGAAAGCAGAAAGUGUCUCACACAAGAAAUUUCACUUUGCUGUUGUGAAAAAGAAAGGCUGUUUUUAACACCAGUUAAAUUGUUUACAGGUUUAACAUGAUAUUAAAGGUAUAAUACGUAAUAAAUUGUAACUUCAGAAGGCAUUACGCUCACUGCUUCAAACACCUGGUUAACAUUGUUAUAAAAGCUUGUUGUCACUAAUAAUGGUUGUUUAAAACUAUACAGAUACAUUUCUGUUUCUAUAAUGUGGCCCUAAUGCUGUGUUGUAUGAAGCAUUUUAAACACGUAACAGUCACUCGUGAGAAAAGUGAAACGACCGCGGGACAAAAUUCUUAACAUAGUAACUUGGAUGUGUUUUCCUUUCACUCAUAAGAGAAGGAAAAGAGAACACUGGGUCACAACACCAGAUCCUAUUUAUUUUUAACUGUUUGAAUUUUGGAUGAAAAAAAAAGUGUUUUGCCAACAAAAAUAAAUAUUUUUUUAAUUACUGAGAAAAAAAAAACAAAAGUAAGUCAGAUCUGGUGACUAAGAGCUAGUCUGUGAUCAAGUUAUUCUGCCGACAAACUCUACUAUGUCGUAUAAAGUCAGAAUGUCACUUUUACAGAGUCUGCAGGUAAAGAAAUUGUAAAACAUCUGAUAGAAGUUUGAAAUGAUCUCAGCUCACAGCUUUUAGUUCCUGAAUGGAGCUCAGGUUUAGAUUGUAGUUUGACAGUUUUAUAGUUUAUCAGCUUGAUGUCGUUGCAUAAUUGGAGUCUGGGUGUUUUACAAUGAUUUUUUUUCUCUCUUUAUGCUGCUCCGCUCAGCUUCUGAGUGAGGAAGUGGACAAAGUAAGUACCUUCACUCCUGGAAAGUGUGUGUAUGUGUGUGUCCUAUGAGGCUCUUUUAAAUUCUUCAUUUUUGUCUGUUUCUCCUCCAACAGGCAGAGCAUGAGCUUCGUGUGGCUCAGACAGAGUUUGACCGUCAGGCCGAGGUCACCAGACUGCUGUUGGAGGGGAUCAGUAGCACACAUGUGAGAGCGUGUAACUCCUUUUCAAUGAUGGUAGUUCUGGAGAAGUGUUAGUCAGAGGAAGCAGACCAUGGGGAGACAACAGCGAGACAGAGAUGAAUAGAAGUCUAGCUCGUAGUUAGAUUUCCACUGUCUAUGUACCAACUAUAAGACGUCACUAAAUAUGAUGGGGGUAUUGAGCAAUAUAGGAGACGCUACAAUCCAAGCCAAAAUAAACAAACAGGUUACCUAAAUUGGAGUAACAAACCAUAUCAAACAGUUCUAGUGCUCAAGUCUUUAUGCUAAGCCAAGUCACCCAGCUUUCAUUGGUUAUGUAGCUAUACCCUGAAGUUAAACCAAUGUCUUAAGGCAGCAAGUUCCCCCUUGAUAACAGUCUCUAUUCAUCACUGCUGGCUGCAACUGUCACUAUUAACAAUGGAGCUUCCCAGCUUCUAGAUGAGCCAAGUGUAGUAGCCAUAAACUGGAGCAUCUUUACCAAACCUAGCCAACCUUGAAUCCCUAUAAAACUGAGCUAAGCAGCUCCAAGCUGUAGCCUUUUGAACCAUCAAAUGAAUAAAGCCAGGAACAGUUUUUGCUUGUUUCCAGUAUUUAUGCAACGCUAAGCCCACACGCAUUUGGUUCCGAUCCACGCAAAGGACGAUGGGAGAAAAUCACUCUUAACACACCACAUACCACAGGAGAAUCUGUGGUGGGGAGUAUCUGGCCAAAAAUCUGCACAUGUGUCUUCUAGUGUGUGCCUUGCUUUCCUUGAAGAACCAUUUCAGCGUAUAUCGCAUCAUGUACAAACUCCUCCUGCUCACCUACAAAGCUCUCCAUGCCCUAGCCCCACACUAUCUGUCUGACCUCCUCAAGGACUACAUCCCGGCGCGUACUCUGCGGUCUGCGGACCUUGGGCUCCUCACUGUCCGUUAUGGGAAAAGGCGAUCCCUCGGUGACAGAGCCUUCAGUGUGGCCGCCCCUCCUCUCUGGAACUCUCUCCCCUCUGAGAUUCGCCAAGCACAGACUCUUGACUCUUUCAAGUCUGCUCUGAAGCGACACUUGUUUAUUCAGGCUUUUGGUAUCUAGUUAGGUUUCUUGUAGUGUGUUGUUAAGCGCUUUGGGUAUCUUGAAAGGCGCUAUAUAAAUGUAAGAUAUUAUUAUUGUUAUUAUUAUUAUUAAGAGUUUUUAAACUCCAUUUCAGGGGUUUAUAGUCAAGGUCAGGCCGUAAAUUUCACCAUAACUGUGAGCUUACUGCCACAGGUUUCACUCAUACUUGUUUUUCUCUUCUUUUCUACCCUCAGCUCAACCACCUGCGUUGUUUGCAGGACUUUGCAGAGGCUCAGGCCACUUACUACGCCCAGGGUCAUCACUACAUGCAGGACCUCCAGAGGGAGCUCAACAGGUUAGGGUUGAAGCGUCGUUAUAGAUAUGCAUACAACACACACAGCUGUAUUCAAGAUUUGAUCUGAUGUGAGUUUGUUGUUUAGUCUCUCAGGGUAGCAAUAGCUUACGGGAAUUUAGGAAAAGGUCAACAUAUUUUUGGAGUGACUUUACAAAGAUUGUGUUUUUUUCAUCGUCUGGUUUUAUUUAGUUCAGGGAAAAUACAGAACCGCCAUUAUACAAAAAUAUCUAUGAGACUUGAUCAUGGACCCACAGUGAUGUCUUUGUUGCACAGUAUUGUCUUUCGCAAUACUGGAAUUGUAUAACUACUUUACCUAAAUUAAAAAAAUCUAAGAUAGACCACAUGUUGCUAGUACGUUAAGUGACACGAGAUGACUAAGGGGUAACUAAGGGAGCAGUUUGCAUCAAACAAAUACAAUCUGUGAACACCAAAUAAUCAAGUUCAACAAAUGCCACAAACUUAAGUUAAACAAACACCAAAUAAUCAAGUUCAACAGUUCAACAGAUGCCACAAAAAAAAGGUUAACCAAUGCCACAGUCUCAAGUUCAACAAACACCAGAAACUCAAUUUCAACAAAUGCCACAAACUUAAGUUCAACAAACGCCAAAUAAUCAAGUUCAACAAUUUCCACAUACUCAAGUUUAACAGACGCCACAAAAAAAAGGUUAACCAAUGCCACAGUCUCAAGUUCAACAAACGCCACAUUCUCAAGUUCAACAAUUGCCACAAACUCAAUUUUAACAGACGCCACAAACUCAAGAUCAACAGAUGCCACAAAAAAAAGGUUAACCAAUGCCACAUUCUCAAGUUCAACAAACAUCAGAAACUCAAUUUCAACAACUGCCACAAACUCAAGUUUAACAGACGCCACAUUCUCAGGUUCAACAGAUGCCACAAAAAAAGUUCAACCAAUGCCACAUUCUCAAGUUCAACAAACUCCAGAAACUCAAGUUUAACAAAUGCCUCAAACUCAAGUUCAACAAUUGCCACAAACACAUCAUUUGUAUGAAACUCUGAAUUUAUUGCUGUAGUUUGACGAAUGUCUCUUCCUCUUAGUUUAAGUGCACUUGGUCUAGCAUGAGCCUUACUUUACACCAUUUUUUUUGUUUUUGUUUUGCUUAAUUCUCACAGAGGGACUUAAUCUUUUUACGCAGUCGUAUAUUAAUGAGCAAAUAAUGCACCAAGAAAAUGUCAACACAGAGAGUCUACAACCUUCGCAUAGAGUAUUGGAAUUCUUAAGAUUGUAUUGAAUCAUAUGCCGUUGGUGAUUCCUUUAUUUAUUUCUGUGGAAUUUUUGUGUGGCCUGUACAGGUUUUCUGUCACUCAGCUUACAACAGUAAUAUUAAUAAUAUAACUCAAAUUUCAAUACACAUAACAUCACAGAUUACGUUCAUUUGUAGGGCUCUGGACAGUCUCAAAAAAUACACAGAUCCUCUCUGUGGAAUAGAAAAGUUCUCGGAUGUUACAGACACACGCAGAGUUUGUUGCUAGAAAGUUACUGGUCACACGGAGUUCACAGUAGAUUGUUGUAUUGUGUAAGUUCAGGCGGAACACCAAGCUCAGCUUUUAUAGCAUCAUGCCGUAAAAUGCUUGCGUAUUCUCCCUCUGUUAAAAAUUUGUGAUUAGUAAUUAAGGGAAAAGGAAGGAGGAAAUUUUGACCAUGCUUGAGUCAACACAAUUGCUCUACACACUGAAGCAUUCAAAGCUUUAUGUUUGUUUGUUUUUUUGUUUUUGUCAACACCUUUUUUUCUGUGUUCGUCAGACUUAGAGGAUGUGGGCUUACGUGAAAUCCUGGAAUGGGCCCUUAGUCUCGAUUUGAUUAACUUCCCUUUCCUUCCUCUGCAUGCAUGCAUUAGACAUGGAGCCUCAAUUUAACCAUUUACUCAAGCACUGCACAGCAAAGCUCCUGAUUUCUAAACUUUCUGUCACAACAUGUUCUGUUUGAUUCAGUUUUUCCCUGGUCUUGUGAUUGUGAGUGUGUUUUCUUUGUAUUUUCCCUAGUGUUUCUAUUCCCUAUCGUUCCUGUUCUCCUGUUGUCUUGUAAGUUUUCAGGUUGUGUCUGACACGGUGUCCCUCAUGUUCUCAGAGUUCUAUUCUCUAUCAGUUUUCAGUGUUUCCUGUUUUAUUUUGUAGUAGCUUAUUCCCUGUGUUUCUAGUCUUGUUUUUGUUCCUCAGUUUUCCCUCCUCUGUGACUGUCUGCACCCGUGUCGAAGUGUCUUACCUGCCUCUCGUUGCUCGUUUCCCUGUAUAUAUAUAUAUCAUCCUUGUAUUCCCCUGUUUCUUGGUUGGUCCAUUGUGUGUUGUGAAUUUGUGAUGUAAUGCUGCGUUUGAGUUACCUCGGAGGUCAGAUGUCGGAGCUGAAAAUGACGUCACACACGAGUUACCAGUGUUUCAGUUACCAAGUCGGAAAAACCAUAAACAGAGGCGGAAACAACAUGGCUACAUCUACGAAAGUUAUUUUAGUGCUUGCCUUGUCCGAAUAUAAUAAGGACUUUCGUAGAUGGAGCCAUCUUAUUUCGGCCUCCGAUUUUGCAUUUUUCCAACUUGGUAACUAAAACACUGGUAACUCGGGUGUGACGUCAUUUACAGCUCCGACAUCUGACCUCCGAGGUAACUCGAACGCAGCAUAUGUCUGUGUGUUAGUGUCUCCAGAAUCUCCAGUGUCUCCAGUGUGUUGGGAAAUCCAAAAUUUUGGUGGAUUUUGGUUUUUUGUUUCUUGUGGUUUUUGCCUCUUUUGUUUUUGCUUUCAGGAGUAACUUGAACCUGACACUUUCUCCCCAACACCACAUGAACCAACACUUUUUUUUUAAGUCUUCAUGUGUCUGGCUGGAUUUUUCCCCCCACAUCCUUUCAGAUGACGGCUUGCCACAGGUCUAAUUGUAUCACUCUUAUUCCUAAAAGGCACUGCAUGGUUUUCCAUUGUUUCUGGACAUGGUGAAACCUAAAGGCGCUGAUACUUCCGAUUUUCCAACCACAGAGCAUCCUGAAAACUGUCCACCAGCCCUUUUCCCACCAGAGAUGUCGUCUUCUGGUUUUGCCGAACGACCUCUAAGGCAGUUAGCAAAGCACGCAGAUUGAAGGGGAACAAAUGGGAUUGUGGUCUCUAGUUCCCCCUUUCAUUUGAUCCACUGCAGCUGAAAAAUACUAAACUUUUUGGACAGAAGACCCUUCGUUUUACACCAGUACAAUUCCACGAUGACAUUAAGACACUCAGUAUGGUAACAUGCACAGUUUACCUGUUAAUAACCAGUAAAUGCGGCUGUACAAGAGGGUUUAAGAGAGACUUUAUGAACAUUAAUAUUAACUAUGAAGUGACUGAAUGCUAAUGUUAGCUUUGAUCUGAUAUUGGCUAAUGGACCAUCAAAUGUGUUUGGUUUUUAAAAAACUUAAAAUAUUGAAGAUUAGAAUAUUGAAAUAUGAGCCGGUCUCUCUCCUGAUCCUCUCUGUUAGUGGUCUGUGUGGCUUCUUAUCAAGCAGCUGUGGAGUGACUGCAGCUAGUCAAGAGUAUCAAGGUUUUUAUGACUCAAGACCACGUGCACCUUAAAUAAUACGUAACAAAAUAGAAGUUUUCCGCCUUAAAGCCGGGUCAUAAAGAAAAACCUUGAGAGACAAAGAAAUGACUUCAAACAGACAAAACUUUCCUGUCACAGCUAUAAAAGUGACAAUGUUUUCAUCAUUUGGUGUACAUCCUGUUUGCCAUUUACUAACCUGUUUAGACGACUAUUUUGGUACAUGAUGUGUAAUCGGGGACCCAAAAGUAACUAGAAAAGCACUCGGAGAGCGCAGACCUCCGUCAAGCAGCUCAUGUCCCCCCUUAUAUUGUGAUUCACACCAAAACUUUUACUGAUACGUGUCUUUUAUUAACUUUUAUUUGUGUUUAAACUGGUAUGUUUACUGUUCAUAAUGUUCCUAAAACAAGAAAUGCCCUGACCCGGAUUCAAACCCUGGACCUUCUUGCUGUGAGGCAACAGUGCUAACCACUACACCACUGUGUCGCCUAUCUACAUCACUGUGCUGCCCAUUGGUUAUCUUUCAGCAUUGAAAAUUCCAACAACACCCUUAUUUUUGUGUGUUCAGGAUUACAGUAUCCGGUAUUUUGUCUGGAUCAGGAUCAACCUCAUAAAACUCAUUGAGAUCCUUUUGUGUAAUUUUUUACUAAACACUCUGGCCAUUUUUAUAGAGUUAAAUGCAAAAAUUCCAAAAUUUGCUCUAUCUCACAAUGAUAAAGAAUCCUUCAAAAAACUCCUGGAUCCAGAAGGCGAUCCGGAUCACCACCAAAAUGUGGUGGGGCUGAGACGCACCUCUGGUGAAAAUUUCAGGUCAAUCCGUCUGUAACCUUCUCCGUAAAGUUGGUCACAGACAAACAAACAAACAAACAAACAAACAAACAAACAAACAAACCAACAAACCAAUGCUCCCGAACACAUAACCUCCUUGGCGGAGGUAAUAAAAAGUAAAUAGAAAUGUCACCAUCUGUUUUAGCGGAAGUGGACACACUCUCACCCAGAUCAUGUAAACUGGGAUAUGGACUAACAUUCAGUUAAAUCAGCCAAUCAAGCGAUAACCUUAUCUCAACUCAGCACAGGGCCUGUAAAACCACCUUUUCUGCAAAAUAUGAAAUAUGACCAUCUAGACCAUUUAUUGCAGAAAUGGCAGUUCAUACUCUUUCUGUCUGGCUGGAAAUACCUAAAACUCCUGCUUCCUGACUUGUAAACCUGCUCUGAAUACCAGCACUCUUACUGGUUUAAAUAUUUGGCCACAGAGAGUCUACGCAGCCUUCUUAAACUUUACCUGUGAGGAACUUCGAACAGCAGCAGACAUGUCAAUAUUAUCGCUGCAUGGAACAUAACGAAUACUUUUCUCAUUCCAGUCUAAGCAUUGUUGUCUGAGCAUCUCAUUCUAGGGAGAGGCUUCUUCAGUCAAUUAUAUUCAACAAUGGGAGUAAAUUAGUGUUUCCUGACCACCUAAGAGCUUAUUCAUUACUUAAAAAAACACAGGAACAGAUCUGUUACUUAUGUUUGUCUCCAUGUUGAAAGUAGACAACAGAAACAAAGACCAGGUCACUGCCAAACCAGGGAACCAUAGUUUUUUCCACUUUAAAAUGGGCAUCCGAUCAAUAUUACCACUGUUUGCCCUUUGCAGAUUUCACAGGAAUCAUAUCAGACAUUUACGGAUAGCUCAUAUCCUCCCUUUUCUUUUGGUCACGCAGAUGUGCUAACUCUGUUGGCGCACCCAACGCCUCCUCUGCUGUCUGCCCUAACCCUGUCUCCUCUGCCUUCCUGACUGGACCCUCAUCUCCCGGGGCUGCAGUCUCCUCCUCCUCCUCCUCAUCCAGAACCCUGACUGCAGAGCAGAUGCAGCUCCCAGUCACAGGAGCCAGGAAGGCGAAGGUCCUGUAUGACUAUGACGCUCAUGACAGCAGCGAGCUCUCCCUCCUGGCUGAUGAGGUACAAAAGACGGCUGAGUCACUGAACUUACUCUCAAGAACAAUGAGUGACCUUUAACCCUAAGAACAGCAGGAAGUAGUCAGCUAAAAGCAAAAACACUUCUCUUAAUUAUAAAAACAUUCUGUUUUCUGCUCCAGGACAUUUUCUCACGGCAUGCUCUUUAUGAAGCAUGGUUUAUGUUUUCUCUUUCAUUGUGUUGAAUCUAAACUGUAGUCUUCCUCUUCAAUCAGACCUUCCAGUACAUUUUAAUGAUAAUAAGUUAAGAUAUAGUGCUUUUCAAAAACAAGUUCUUGACAAUUCAAAUAAGUCAUCUUAAACAUGAACUCAAGUGAUUCCAGAAGAACUAAAUCCUGUAUCAGAGUUCCCUCAAUGUUUUGAUUGUAAAAACUGUAACAAACUUAUGAAUUGGCAUGUCAAUAACACAGUCUCAUGGAUAUGAGUAUACAAGGAAUAAACAAACACAAGUGAAGGCUUAUGUAAAAUUAAAGCCAUGCUGCGCUAAUAUGAGGCUAGUUUAGGCUACGUGAAUGUUGCCACAAAGGUGGCAAAUACUAAUUCAUGUUCUAGCACCUUUCAAAAUAGAUUUUUUAUGAAGUAUGCAGAUGAUACUGCCUUGGUCAGUCUUUUAUAUGAUGAGGAAAAGGAGCAUGGUCCAGUUCUUGAAUACUUUCCUAACUGGUGUGAUAAGUCAAACCUUCUCCUCAAUCCUUCAAAAACCAAGGAAAUGUGUAAAGAUUUUAGAAAAAAGGAAGCUCCCAAUACAGUAACUUUAAUCAAAGGAAAGCCAAUUCAACAAGUCUCUGAGUUUAAGUACUUAGGGAUCGUGCUUGACUGUAAGCUUAUGUGGGACAGGACCAUUAUAGGUGACCAAAGGCACCCCCUUGCCCACUGUUUUGACCUCCUGCCUUCUGGGCGACGAUAUCGCCCCCCUCUGUUUACUAAAAACAGAGCAAAAUUUUCUUUUGUGCCGCAGGCCGUUAAACGCCUUAAUACCAAAUAGCCAUAGUUAGUCACCUAAAGCCUGCUCAGCUGGUCUUAUCAGGUUAAGACUCCAAAUGUUUUCAAUGAAGGCCAAGUCAGGACUGCAGGUAGGCCAGUUUAUCAGCAGAACUCUUCUACUACAGAGCCAUGCUGUUGUAAUCCCCGCAGAAUGUGGUUUGUCAUUCUCGUGCUGACAAACUUCCCUGACAAACUGAUUGUCUGGAUGGUAGCAUUUGUUGCUCCUAAACCUAUUUAUAUUGUUCAGCAUUGAUGGAGCCCUCACAGAUAUGGAUGAUACCCAAGACAUGGACACUGAUGACCACCGUAUCAUCAGGGAUGCUGGCUUUGAACUGAGAAAGAGUAGGGUGUUCCUCCUACAUCUUGGAGCAGAGACAGACUUGCUGUUAACGUUGCAGGAGUAGGAAUGGUGUUCAAUCUUAUUUAAAUGUAAAUAAUAAACGACUGUUGAAGGCAGGCCAAGAGGAAAAGAACUGAAGUGCAAGCAGAUAAAAAAAGACACAGAUUAAGAGCCUCUGUCAGAUGACUGUACCAGAAGACGGAAAUGAUUCACAUGUCAGGUUAAUGAGGUGCAACAUACCACUUCCUCUUCCACUCUUAUUUUUAAACAUCCUCUCUUUAAAGAGUGAUUUUGUGGUGGGGCAGUAUGGAGGCAAUUGUUUGAAACUUCCAUCUAUCUUUUGUCCCCCUGUAGCUCAUCACUGUCUACACCGUACCAGGGAUGGACCCUGAUUGGUUGAUCGGAGAACGUGGGAAUGACAAAGGCAAAGUUCCGGUGACCUACCUUGAACUGCUGAGUUAA